AUGUUUGUUUUUCCAGCUUUUGACGAAAAUUAUAAGACUAGGAAGAGAACUUUCAUAUGCUGCCAGAAAUGUCGAGACAAGAGGGUGAAGUGUGAAAUCAUAUCAACAAAUUUUGAAACAGUGGGAUGUUCUAACUGUCGUAAGAAUAGUUGGAAAUGUGAUUUGAUUAACAAUAAGAAUUCAGUAGACCAAAAUUCGACCCUCAAGGAUCCUAUUCCUAGAAUGACUGAAGUUGAAAAUAGUAGGGAACAAAGACUGCAGGAUAAAUUUAGUUCUCAUAAACUUGAUAGUAUAGAUAUGAAAAACAUUACACCUCAAUAUUUGAGGGAGAAGUUUAACUUUUGUAUUACGAAAAGAGGACAGCAACUGUUGUAUCAGUAUGUGUUUCAUGUACAUCCAAAGGCAAUUUUAAGUAACCAAACUGAGGAUAAUUCGUUAUGGCAUGAAUCUGGAGUUUACGUGGAAGACGAUAAAUUGAAUCCCGAUAUAUCGAAUCUAAAUUCUGUAAAGAAUUAUAAUAGAAAAUCUGGUACGGAUCCCGCUUACUAUAUAAAGAGCUCGAAAAUUUAUAAAUUCUUAUUGUCGAUUGAUGCAUUCAGUUUAGCAACACCUGAAUAUCCAUUCACCGAACAUGAGAUUGAAAGAUUGAUAGAUAUAUACUUCUUUAAAAUCAAUUCAUUGUUUCCAAUAAUUAAUGAAGAAAGGUUUCGAGAAGAUUUCGAAUCCAAAGAACUACAGACUAUAAUAAUUUACGUCAUAGUUUUGGUCAUCCUGCGAGAUAAACUAGCUGAACCGAUAUUAAAGGAAGUCUUUGCAAGAGUUUAUCAUGAAAGAGGUGUACUCUACACGGAUUCAGAUUUCAGGAAGUUACUCGUCCAAUUUAUGACUGAUUUAGAGCACAAGGUGAGACAAAUAACUUUAAUCUUACCUCAACUAGGAGAUACUGAUAAACUAUCUAAGUUGAUUGUACUGUUGUUGUUGUCAUCGCACUAUAAUUUUGAUAAACUUGGUAAUGAACAAAGUUCACAUGAUCUAACUGAUGCAAUAAAUCUUGCCCUUGCUUUAGGGAUUCAUAUGAGAAGACAGCAUAGGUCGGUAGAAAAAAAGGAAAUUGAAUAUUUUACUAACUUAUGGUGGUGUUGCUAUAUAUUUGAUAGGUUUAAUGGGCUAGUUAAUUCGAAAUGUACUUUUAUUACCCAAGAGAAUUUUAACGUUGAUUUGCCCUAUAAUAACAUUAAUUUGCUUAAGUUAGUACAACUAGCUAGAACAUUGGAGCAUAUGCUUUUAUCUGUAAUUCAGCCUUUUAAUAAUAAUAAUAUACUUAAUAAUAAUAGCUCCCUGAAGAGGCAUAAGCUAUUUAACGCAGAUGAGUUUCAGAGAUUCGAAUUUGAAUUAUGCCGAGGAGAAAAGGAGAUGAAGAACAUUUAUGAAGGCCAAUAUUCAACGAAAGAAGCUCCAUUCAAUGCUUAUAUGAAUGAUGCUAUACAUUUUCUAACUAGGCUUGUUAACAAUACCAUAAUAAUAGUCUCGCAGAAAUCCAAUUAUGACAAUGUUCAAAUUCCUAACACAGUACCUGAAGCAAUUGCGACGGAAGCAUCCCAAAAUAUUCUUAGAUACAUGCUACUAAUAAAGGAAGAAAUUGUUUUGAAUAUCCCAUUGGUUCCGUGGUGUGUUGCUUUAGCAAUGGCAGUCUCAUUAAAGAGAAAGGUAAAGUAUUUAUUAAAAGAUAUUAACGAAGGCUCUCUUGAAUCUGAAAAGUCUGAAAAUGAAAACGACUACGAGGAUACCUAUAAAUGGGAAGACUAUAUUUCAGAAUUGAAUAAAUUUUCCAGUAGAUGGUGGGUAGUUGAAGAAAUAUGUGACUUGUCAAUAAACUUCAUUCAGAAAUUGGAGGCCAGUUCAACCUUGAGUCGUAAGUAUAAAUAUAAAUAUAAAUCUAACAGUUACGAUAGUCAAAAUAAAAGGUUAAAAGUUCUGUUGGAUUAUAAUGACAGAAUUUCCCCUUUUUCUAUUCCACCAAAAAAUUCUUCUGAUAUAGUUGGCCAAAUCGCAAAUGAUAAUAAUAAUAGUUCUGGAUUGUUGUCAUCGCAUAAUAAUUCGACACCAGAAAUUAGGAAUUUGAUACAACAAAAUGAGACAGAACAGAAGAAGAGCGAUUUUCAAUCCAAAAAUUAUGCUCUUUAUGAUAAUAACCAAUCUGAGUUUAUACCUCACUCAGACACACAACAAGAAUCAAAUACAACGCCAUUCAUGUCAGCGCCGUACAGCGACUUUUUGGAAUCUGUGCAUAUCGACUUAUUUGAUCCUGAGUUUCUACAUGACUUUCCAAAUAUUGUUCACCAUUUUACUCAAGACUAA